CACUAUCUUCUUGAUGAUUAUUUUCGCUUCGAUUUGUGGUUCAGAAACUUUUGAACUGUAAUAAAAUGGUAAAUCGAACCAAACAUCUCAAGAAACAGUUUUGAUAUCAUUCAGCUUGUCAAUUUUUUCUUUGAUAGUUCAAAUUCGAAAAUUUCUUAUGGGUUUUGUACAUGGAACUGAUUUUAUUUUUUUUUAUAUGCUUAAGUUUGCAUGUUUGCAUCAUGUAACGCAUUACAAAUUCAUCAAAGAUGAUAAGAAAAAGGGGAAGGAAAUGACAACAAUGAGUUUAUUUGUUGAAAAGUUGAGGCAAUUGUGUUGUGGGAAGUGUUAGUGUAAACAAAUGCAUUAGUUUUGAAUAUUUUGAGAAACAAAUUGUUUCUAGAUUCAUACUAGUAAGUAGUAAAUGGAAAGGAAAAAAAAAAGAAAAGAAAAGACAGUGCAACAUGAGGAGUCAUGGUUAACUUGCAUGUAGCUCUGAGAAAGUAGAAGCUGGUUGCCUGAUUAUUGGAAUUUUGUGUGUUUUCAAAAUGACUUUGAUCUUGCAAAACUUUGGAAACUUAUUUGGAGGAAGCUUACUAGAUAUGAGAGUCAAGAUGCAAAAUUGCUUUGUAAUGUAUACAAUUUAAAAGUUAGCAAUUUACAAAGGGAUAUAUUUAAAAAUCGUUCCUUCUUGACAGCAUAAGGCAACACAGGAAAAUAUUGAAGCAGACAACGAUCACAAAUUGUAAAAGAAUAGUGGUAAAAUUCAAAUGAACAUUUUCAUAAGUAAUAAUUUUAAGCCAAUAUGAGAAUCUUGAUGGAUAAGUGGCAAUGCAAUGAUGGAUGUGGGAGGAGCUAAGGGAAAACAUUGAAGAUGGUCUGGUUAUAUGUGAUUGAUGAUUGUGAUUUGCUUGAAGGAGGAGGAGACUCAAUUUAGAUGAACAUAUGCAUGAAUGGCUUCAAGUUGAAAUGGGGAUGUUGUUACCUUAAAGAAAAGAAGGAUGAAGGAUGAAUCUUUAUCAAGGGAUAUUGUGUGCAACCACUAUUAAUGAGUGAAUGAUAUUGUUGGUGGGUUGAACAAGUUGAAAGCUUUAGACAAACAAGAGGCAGGCAAGAAAACAAUUUGGCAUUGACAAAACAAAAGUGAGGCUGUUUCUCUCAGAUGAAUCUCCUGCCCAAGUUGGGUUGGGUGCUCAGGAUCACCUCCAAGCAAAGGAAUCAUGGCUCUCGCCACCAACAGGAAUGGGCUCUGAUGACAAUUUGCCACCCGGUUUUGAAGGUGCUCAUCCUGCCAACCUGUUGAAGAAUAAGUUGUCCCAAAUCCCUCUUAUUAAAUGGAGUUUUCCUCCUAAAUUUGUGUUGGACUCCACAUGGCAAGUGGCUGCUGGGGAAGAAAGCAAAGAAGUGGAGAUACAAAACCAGCGGGAGAUGAGAGUGCUCGAGGCUGUUUAUCCUCGUCCAUCUGCCAUUCCUCCAAACCCUUCUGUGUUAAUGGGCAUUGAAGACUCUCACAAUGAUCUGAACACUCCUCAGAUCUCCAUCACGCCCAUUGAAGAUGAAGAUGCAGAUACAUCAGUUGAUCCCAUGGUACAGAACACCAUUCCCAUGAGCUCACAGGCUCCACUAUUGGCUCCUGGAAUGCCUACUGCAUCACAGGGCGGUUCCAGUAGUUACCCUAACCCUAAUGCCAAUGGAAAUGCAGUGGCUGCUGGAAUGAUCCCUGGGGUUGAACCAGAUGUGGCAGCGGCUGCACAAGCAGCCUUGACUGCAAUAAUGACAAGCAAUGACCAAGGAAGCUUGAUUGACCAGGAUUUGCUCAUUAAAAUUCUCAGCAAUCCAACCUUAAUUGAAAAACUAAUUGCAGACCACAUAGCAGCCGCUAACCCUCAGACCAUGCCCCCCAUGCCAAGGCCUCCCGGGAUAAUUUUAUCUGAGCCACCUCCAGUUCAGAUCAGCCGGGCAGAAGCUGGUGGACCCCAAUUGGCAGGUCCUCCAAGUGGACAGUUCUACACUCCACCAAAUAGAGUGGGACCCAUUCCAGCUGAAGUUCUUCCAGUUCCCUCUCCACCUGUGGGGCCUCCUGUUGCAAAGGACAUUAACUAUUAUAAGAGUUUGAUUCAACAACACGGGGGAGAAAGACAAGAGAACCCUCCACAGUUUGGUAGUAGCCAUCACAACCACCAAUUAGGAGUGAACCAGGAAUCGGUAAAUAACCCUACACCAAGGGAUUUGAAGCCCAAGAUUAUGAAGCCAUGCAUCUAUUUUAACAGUUCAAGGGGAUGCCGGCACGGAUCCAACUGUUCAUAUCGACAUGAUGCGUCAUCGCUGCAGCGGGCCAGUAGCAUGCCGGAGGUGCAAAGUGCAAAGAGAAUGAAGUUGGAUAGGGAGAUUACAGGUGCAUGAUCAUGCAUUUAGCGUCACUCUGUAUAUUUUUUCAAGAGGAAUGACUAAUUGAUGCCCGGCCUAUUUUAUAUAUCUCCUCUGACUUGGUUUUUUUUUUUGGAAAGAAGUAUUGAUUCAAUUUAUUUAUUUUUCUUGUGUGAAACAUUGCGUGAUACUCAAAUUAUGAGUGCGAGCCUUGAUAUCUACCAACAAUUCCUGAAUUGUAGGUAUAGCUCCCAA